AUGCCAGAUCAGUUAGGGCAUAACCAUCCCUCAACAGUGAUGAUGCCACCAACAGGGGUUGCAACGCUGCCAUUAGGGCAAACCACACCACCAAUAGUGAGUGUCACUGGCAGGGACACUGGAAAAAUGAUCAUUGGCAAUGUCGAAGCCAUUAAGAUGAUGAGAAGGAUCGUCGUUGGAACUUUCCCCCUUGAUCCUCCUGUGCCACAUGAUCCAGUGUCUCCUGUUCCAAGCACUGCCCCAGAAAGUGAAAGCCCUGCACCAACCCCUUCAGUGCCAAGUCAAGAACCAGAAAGCCCUACAUCAACUCCUUCUGUGGCACCAAGUCCAGAACCACAAAGCCCUACAUCAACUCCUUCUGUGGCACCAAGUCCAGAAUCACAAAGCCCAGCAUCAACUCCUUCAGUACCCAGCCCAAAGGCACAACCAACAACAAGUCCAAAACCAAAACGUUCUUCAGCAUCUCUUGCAGCACAGUCCCAUUGUCUUUUGGUUCUUGUUCUUCUCGCUAGUAUUUUGUUUGUUUAUUUCUAUUAG